AUGGCGGUGGUGGGAGCGGGGGCAGGAAAUCGGCGGGGGCAGCAGCGGAAGCAACCGGCGGGUGUGGAGGCGGGGCUGGCUGCCGAAGCGACCAGCAGGGGCGUGGGCCACCUGCGGUGGUGGGGGCGGGCGCAGGAACGACGCCCACGCAAGGAGAGGCUCGCCGAGCAUGGGGGACUCGCCGCCGCCGCAAGCACACCUCCCGUGUUGAUGGACAGAAGCUGGAUUAGAAAAGGAGUUAGAAAGUUUUUGAAAGAACAUAUGAAAGGAGUUGAUGAUUUCAUUGCAUUUGUUCGGGCAAAUUUUGCCAACGAUGCUCACAUUCUUUGCCCAUGCUGCGAAUGCCUCAACCGUUCAAGAAUGGCUCAAGGAAGAGUGGAAGAUCAUCUACUUCUUAAUGGGAUGUCCAGCACCUAUGAUAGGUGGAUAUAUCAUGGAGAACCUUUAGACAGACAACCUCAACAUUUUGAAGCUGAUACAGAGGCCCCUCAUAUGAUGGGUGGUGGUGAUGCUGGCAUUGAUUUCAUGGAAAAGGUUUUGCGAGAUAAUGCUGGUUUGGAGGAAGAGGAUGGGCAUGAAGAUGAUAUGUUUCCUGACCUAUUGAAGGAUUUGUACGAUGCUGAAGAUCGUGCUGAUGGACAGAAGUCAUUGUUUGCUGAGGUGUUAGAGGAGGCGAAGCGCUUACUCCACAUCAAGUCUUUCUACUGGAUUAGCAAUGCUGCAUUCAACGCAAUACUCCGCCUUUUGAGCUUGCAAUUCCCUGAUAGUUGUGUUCCCAGAUCUUACGAUGAAGCACUGAGCAUAAUCCGCAGGCUGGGGUGGAAAGAUGCUGAUGGGAAGAAGUCAAUACCAGAGAAGGUACUGAGGCACUUUUCGUUGAUACCAAGGCUGCAGCGGAUGUUCAUCUCGAAGAAAUCAUCGCGUGAGGUACAGUGGCACAAGCUGAAACGGCAACCUGUGGACAAUGAGCUGAGCCAUCCAGCGGACGGAGAGGCAUGGAAAGAGUUUGACCGUAUACUUUUAGAUUUUGCUGCAGCUCCAAGGAACAUAAAACUUGGCAUUGCCACAGAUGGGUUUAAUCCGUUUGGUAACAUGAGCACGUCUUAUAGCAUGUGGCCAGUUUUUGUGGUGCCGUACAACCUGCCACCAUGGGCGUGCAUGGAUCAGUCCAACUUCAUGAUGUCAUUGCUUAUCCCGGGUCCAGAGUCUCCAGGAAAGGAUUCUGAUGUCUUUAUGGAGCCCCUCAUAGAAGAACUGCUCCAUCUCUGGACUGGUGUACCUACAUACAAUGCCUUGAGUCCAGAAGAAAAGUUCAAUCUACGUGCUGCAAUCAUAUGGUCCAUCCAUGAUUUCCCGGCUCUACACACUCUGUCUGGGAGGAUCACAGCGGGUUAUAAGGCCUGUGUCCAUUGUGACAAAGACCCUUGCUCAAAGAGAAUGAGCAAGAUCUGCUAUAUUGGGCACCACCGCUUUCUUCCCCGAAACCAUCGCUGGCGAAGAAGCAAAGUUUUUAAUGGUGAGAAUGAAACCCGUGACAAGCCAGCUGAAUUCACUAAAGAAGAGCUGGAGCAGCAACUUGAAAAGGUGAAAGAUGUGAGACCAGGAAAGCUUGCGAAGAAAAGAAAGCGUGAGGAAGGUCAAUGUUGGGACCGGAGGUCUUGUUUGUGGGACCUGCCAUACCGGGCUGAUCUGAAAUUAAGGCAUAAUAUCGGUGUAAUGCACAUUGAGAAAAACAUAUGCGAGAAUCUGCUAGGGACAUUUCUAAACAUUGAAGGGAAGACAAAGGACACGGUUAGUUCUAGGCUUGAUUUGGAGGACAUGGGCAUAAGAGAAGAUUUGCAUCUACAACACAAUGAAGAUGAAGAUUCAUUUGAAAUGCCACGAGCAUGGUAUACAAUGAGUAAAGAACAAAAGCUUGCAUUCUGUGAAUUCCUAAGAGCGGUGAAAUUUCCAGAUGGUUAUGCUGCUAACCUAGCAAAGUGUGUUACUUCUGAUGGAUUCAAGAUUUCAGUACUGAAAACCCAUGGUUGUCACAUCCUCCUCCAAAGUAUUUUACCGACGGGCCUCCGAGGAAUCAUGGACAAGGAUAUAUAUGAAGCGGUUGCUGAGCUGGGAAAUUUCUUUAGAGAACUAUACUUUGGCGAUGUGCAAACAAGAUGGAACCGGCCGGGCAUAAAUAGAGAGCGGUCUGAUUCACAAAGUGGUGAUGUCUCUGUUUUCAACCAUGGUGUGAACUUUCUUGGAGCCUCACAAUACUUGGAGGCUGGUGAUGAGUAUGACAAGAUGGUUUGGAAAUGCAAGGAAGAGUUAAAUCAGGAAGAAAGCAAGAUCAAUGUUGAUAAAAGGGUUGCCAAGGGGUUUGCUAAUUGGUUUAAGAAUCAUAUUGGAAAGUUGCAUGAGGAGAAGAAGGUCAGUGAUGAUCUAUUUGCUUUGGCAUGCUUACCGGAUAAGCGAGUGAGAGUGUAUUCAGCAUGCAUUGCUGACGGUGUCCGGUACCACACCGUUAACCGCGAGGAAAAAAGGAAGACACAGAAUAGUGGAAUCGUCAUUGAGGGGUCACAUGAUCGUGAGAUCAUUGACUUCUAUGGUAGCAAAAUGCAUCAGACUGAUGGUUGUAGUGAUGGAGAGGCAGAUGAUGGUUGA